GAGAAUUUCGAAAAUCUGCAAAUCCCACAAAAUGGCCACCACUUCCGCCAGCUCUUUCUUUCUUGAAAACGUGAAGUGAAGACAAGUUCUUCCUGAAGAUGAAGUUCAACAAACAAGUGUCGUCCUCGCGGAGGAAGAACAGGAAGAGGCACUUCUCGGCGCCCUCGCAUAUCCGCAGGAAGCUCAUGUCGGCACCCUUGUCGAAGGAGCUGCGCCAGAAGUACAACGUCCGAACUAUGCCCAUCCGGAAGGACGAUGAGGUGCAGGUAGUGCGCGGCCACUACAAGGGCAACCAGGUGGGCAAGGUUGUGCAGGUGUACAGGAAGAAGUUCGUGGUGUACAUCGAGCGCAUCCAGCGCGAGAAGGCCAAUGGAACCAACGUGUACGUCGGCAUCCAUCCGUCGAAGUGCCUGAUCGUGAAGCUGAAGAUGGACAAGGAUCGCAAGAAGAUCCUCGACCGGCGGGCAAAGGGACGUCUGGCGGCCCUGGGCAAGGACAAGGGCAAGUACACGGAGGAGAGCGCUGCCUCGGCCACUGCCAUGGAUACAUCUUAAAUCCCUGGACUGGAAUAAAGAGGAAACCCAAGCGAGAGUAUCAAAAAA